AUGGCGAGCUGGUACGGAAAGAAAGGCCGCGGGCUCAUUCUCGGCGUGUGGAACGCGCACACUUCUGUCGGCAACAUUCUCGGAUCGCUCAUCGCUUCUUCCGCGCUGGCCAGCGGAUGGGGCUGGGCCUUUCUCAUCCCCGGGUUUAGCAUCAUGGCGGGAGCGCUGGUUAUGUUUCUGUUUCUUGCGCCGGAGCCGGAAACGCUAGGGCUGGAGUCGCCGCAUUCGCUGCUGCUGUCGGAGACGUCGAGUGAAGCGAGUGGGAGCGUGCAGGGGGAGGGGGACGAAGAGUCGGGGUUCGAGGCUGUCGAAUGCGCUGACGUGGCUGCUGACGUAGUGGCUGGUUUCGAUGCUUCCCUAUUAGCUCCUAAGGAGGCUGCUUAUGCUUCAGUAUCGGAGCAGCUUACAGUGCCGCUUUUACAGGGGAAGGAUGAUGCGGGGCUGGGAGGGGAAGGUCGGAUUGUGAUAACAGAGGAUGUGCUUAAAGCGGGGAUGGGGGGGAGCGGCGAAGAGCACGAGGCGAUUAGCUUCUGGGACGCGUGUCAAAUCCCUGGCGUUGCGGCGUACGCGUUAUGCUUGUUCUUCGCUAAGCUUGUGGCGUACACGUUCCUGUACUGGCUUCCGUUCUACAUCAAGCGCACAGUCUUUGACUUGAGGGGGGGUGGUGCUGGUGGGGAUAGUAGCAGGCCAGCUUUCCGACCGUACAGAUGUCCUGCUCCCUUGCUCACUUUUCUCUCCUCUUCCUUUCUUCCUCCCCACCUCCCCAAAGCAGAAAUAGCAGGGCAUCAUCUGACCGACGCGUUUGCCGGCGUGACGUCGACAGUCUUUGACUUAGGGGGGGUGCUGGGGGGGAUAGUAGCAGGCCAUCUCUCCGACCAUACAGGAGCUCACGCCACUGUCUCUGCCUCCUUCAUGCUCCUAGCCAUUCCGGCCCUCCUCCUUUACUCUCUCCUAGGCGGAAUUUCGCUCUCUGUGCACAUAGGGCUCCUCUCCCUAGUCGGUUUCUUUGUGAAUGGGCCGUAUGCGCUUAUCACCUGUGCAGUGUCGGCUGAUUUAGGGCAGCACGCGUCGCUCCGAGGGAAUUCCAAAGGGUUGGCGACGGUUACUGCAAUUAUUGAUGGCACGGGGUCGUUAGGGGCUGCUUUGGGUCCGUUUCUAACGGGGAUAGUGGCAGAGAUUGGUAGUGGAGAGGGUGGGGGGAAAGGAGCCGGGGACCUGGGGUGGAGGCUGGUGUUUGCAAUGCUUAUUUCGGCUGCACUGGCUGCGGUGUUGUGUAUACUCAAGUUGGUCAUCGGCGAGUUUAAAGCCGCAGCAGAGACGUCAGCUGCGUUAGAAGCCUUCUUAGAAGCAGAGAGGCAGCAGCAGGAGCAGCAGGGGAGAGAAGGAGAGCAAGAGGGGAGGAGGGGGGAGCAACGGGGGGGGCAGCGGGAAGGGGAGAGGGGGGAGCAGAGGGCAACGCAGUGCAAGAGCAGGAGGCCGCACCAGCAGCAGCAGCAGCAGCAGCAAGAGCAGCAGCAAGAACAGCAUGAACCGCAGCAGGAGCAAUAG